AUGUCACGUUUACACAGCAGCAUGACUUUAAUGUUCAUUAUUCUGGUGACAGGGACUGUCGCUUGUGAAUGGGCCUUUGCAGCCCGCUACUUUUCAGAUGCACAAGAUACCACGGAAUCGGCAUUGGAUACGGGGAACCGGAGGGACGUUGACACGACCCCGCUGUACCUUUCAAAGCGUCCUGAUAAGAAACCCUUCUUAGCCGGCUUGCGGAACAGAGCUUUGGAAUUGAUACGCCUCCGAACAAAUCAGCAUACCGGUGAAAUGGAUCGGACUUCACUGCCGGGGGAACUGUGGUCGGCAGUUCAAUCGAUGGUGCCCCCACGUAACAGGACACCUGGGCAAACGUGGCACCAGAAUAGAAACGCGCCACAGACGGCAGCAAGCCCUGUGGCACCGUCUUCACAGACUGACCUUUUGAAGAAAAUGCUUGGUUCGCGACACAACAAUGCAGACGACCCCGCUCGGCAGAAUGAAGUAGACAAGCUCAUCGCAAACGUUCUUCGCUAUUGCCGAAGCCAUUACAGGCCAGGGGAAGCAUGCCCCCAACUCGCCGCCCUCAGCCACUUUGGCCUGCCUUUGGGCGUCGCCUCUUCGAGAGGGCCGCCCAGGAGGGGUGAACAACUGUUCUUGUGA